AUUUUGUGAGCGAUACUCCUCGUGUUCGAUUUCUCCGUUGUAGUCUGCAUAUUAUACGCAGAGCGAACGUCAUCGCCGUCGGUUGACCGUCCAUUUUCGUUGCCGUUGUGUUUUUUUUGUAUCCUCCAUAAGUCCAUCAAGAGUCUCCAACAGCCGUCGCUGGAUUGUAUUACCACCGGCGUGUGCCAGUCCGCCGUUGUCAUUUUUUUCGUCUUGAAAUAAUUAAAUAAAAAUGAAGGUCCCCAAGGAAGAAUCCAAAGAACAGAAUAAUGACAAUACAUUAAAUGAUGAUGAUAAUUUGAGUAAUCCAUAUGAUACAGAAUCAAAUUCUGAUUCAAUUGAUCCACCAACAAGAGAUGGAGAUUUUUCUGAAUAUAUGUGGAUGGAAAAUCAAGAAGAAUUUGACUUACAGGUUAUGAAAGAAUUAGAAGAAAAAGAGUUGAUGAAAGAAUGUCUUGAGGCUAUGUUAGAUGACGAACAACAUAGCAAACAGAAUGGUUCAGCAAAUGGAGAUGCUCAAACAAAUGGUUCGAGUAGCUCUACCUCAAUGAUUACCCAUAGACUUGAUCAUAUGAGCUUAAAUUCAUCUUGCAAUAGUGGUGAUCAGCCAAGGCAAUCUACAAGUACUCUAAAUCCAGAUGCAGCUGAAUUUGUACCAUUAGCAACCAGGUCUCUGAAUAAUGCCCCUGUGGUAGUAGCAAGUCCUUCAUAAACGAGAAAUAAAUAUUUUUAACAUACAACUAUAUAUUAUAAAUAUAUAUAUAUAUAUAAAAUAAAGUAAAUAGUAAUCUAUC